AUGCAGUACUCUAGAGCUGAGUGUAUAACCGUAUACUCCUCUUCACGGCGCAGGCAGAUCUUUUGUAAACCAGGGAACGCUGCCCUUCGCAAGUCUAAAGCGAUCAAAGCGGUCGUUCAACGUCAUCGACUGACUGUUUCCUACUUCUCUGAGAACGACCUCAUUAAGAUCCUGCGACACCUACUCAAACAAGGCAUAUUUGAAUCGAGAGACACAGCCCGGUCUGCCUACCCAGAGCUCUUUCUAUCGCCUGCAGUGCAGAAACAAACUGAGCAGGCAACUGAACCGGUCUCUGUGCCUGACCGAAAUCUCUCUAUUAUGGAAGAACAGAAAGCAUGGAGACGCGAGAUCUUUGAUACUGGCGAGUAUUCAGAUAUCGAGCUCAUAUCAACCGACAAACUAUACGAAGCACACCGCGUCAUUGUGUGCCCCCUGUCAUCCGUAAUAAGAAAGUCUUGUGAAUUCAACGCCGCCAAAUCUGACCUGACGGGACCCGAACCGACUGAAUUUGGAAACGGCAUAACCAAGGCUUCAUUCGACUUUGGAGACGCUGAUCCUCAGGUAGUAGAUUGCAUGGUGCAAUUCUUCUAUCUAUGGGACUAUAAUCCCAGGUCUCUUAUGUCUAAACAUAUCCUCGACCAGGAUGGGCCACAGGAGAAUGAAACCGACGCUUCAUCGGGCGCAGACGAUGCAACUACCCCUAAGGGUCCGCUAUUGAUCCUUCACUCUAAGGUAUUUACGCUUGCCCAUAUAUACGACAUCCCCCGUCUCAGGGACUUGUCUAUAGAGAAGUUCCAGGAAGUAGCUCGGUUGCAAUGGAGAUCUAAUUGUCUGUUGGAUGCGGCACGGGAAGCAUAUACUGCUACCCCAUCCACCGUCCUGGAAAUGCGUAGAGCUAUCGUGAAGACGUUCUAUGAGCAUAGGGAGCUUCUGGGUGAGGACCACGUCAAGGACUUUCUGCGGGAGGUGCAUGAACUGGCUUUCGACAUCUUGAUGUACAUGAAUGAGCCUCCGUCUCCUCCUAAUCCUAGGUUAUUCCAUGGAUUCGGCAGAGGCUUUUAG